GUAAGGAAUUGAGCUAUAAAAAGCAUUGGAUAUCAACGGAACUGCAUCAGUCAGUUAGAGCUUCGUUACAAGUCACAUUCAGUCCUCUACAUCAGUUAUGGCGUUCAAACUUUGCGUUAUUUUGGCCAUCAUGGGUGUUGCCAACGCGGUUCUACUACCAACACUGGUUAAGAAAGUAGAAGUGGAAGCCCCGGCCGAGUACCAGUUCUCGUACUCCGUACAUGACGAUCACACCGGUGACAUCAAGAGUCAGCAGGAGGAACGUCAUGGUGAUGACGUCAAGGGACAGUACACUCUGAUCGAUGCCGAUGGCCACCGUCGUGUGGUUGACUACACCGCCGAUGAGCACAACGGAUUCAACGCCGUCGUCCGCCGUGAGCCCCUGGAGGGACACAAGCUGGUAAAGACCGUCGUCCCAGUGCACAAAGUUGCUGUACCAGUACCAGUGGCACAUUAUGUUGCCCCUGCUCUGAAGGUUGCGGUUCCUGUUGCCAAAUAUGCUGUCCCGGUUGCCAAGGUUCUGGCCCCGGCUCAUGUAGCUACUGUGAGCUUCUCUGCGCCAAGUCUUACCUACCACUACUAAGAACGUUUGCCGCGAUGUAUAUGAAAUAGUGUCAGUACUUUGCAAUAAAUGUAGUAAAAUUCGUUUCUAUUUUCAAAAAA